UCUGGGAUGGUAAUGGAGGGCGCGUGAUUUUGAAGCUUGCAAGAUGCUUUCCCAAGAGUCAGAAAAAGAACAAGAAUCAAGGACACCUGCUGAGGCUAGCACGAUGCCUGCAGCUCCAGGUGCUGUUGAUGCUGGCCUUGGCAAGGUAUUAGAGGGUGCAGCUGAAUCUGACACUCCAGGACUUGAGCUAUGUGCAGUAAGCGCUGAUGUGCCUGACAGUGUUGAGACAGUUGUGGUGAACACUUCAAACGGCACUGCUCAGCCUGCUAAUGUUGUAAGCACUGUGCUUGAAAGUGGUUCUGAUGCUGGGACUGCGCUUGCCAGUAGUGACAAUGCCUUAGGCCUUCGAGAUGCUGCUGCUGCAGCUGCACUCUCAUCUGUGGUUAACAGCGAGCCUGCUGCCAUGGAAACUGUUGUCUCUACGGAGGCCUUGCCCGAUGUCACGGUGCCUUCUACGUCUGGUGUGUCAUCGAGUGUGUCAAACCGCUGUGAUGCGCGCAUAGUUCACUUUAAUGACCGGGAUCUGGAGAGCCUGCGCAAAAUUCAGGAUGAGCUGAACACACGCAAGUCUGGUGGGGUGUCACGCAGUCCUGGCAGCCCCAUUGUGAUCCGAGCUGAGCUGGCCAGUCCACAGAAAGGGGUGUCAGCACAGGUGCCUCAAGUUCUUGUGGUGCAGAAGCCGUCGCCAGGAUGCUCUACCAAAAAGGCUGAUAUCCGGGUCAUCCACCCCCCAGGUGUUACUGUGCGCAGACAACUGCAGAUGAGUGUGCCAGUAUCCUCAGGUGCCAGUACUGCUACGACUACGGGCUUGACAAAGGUGAUCCUGCAGCCAGGCCAGCUUGUGAGUGGUGCCAAGUGCACGUUUGAGAUCAUGUCCUGCAUUCACUACAGUGCACAUGUUGCCUCUUUCGAUAUCUGUGGAUGUGAUUUUCACCGCUUCUUGCAGCUGAUCCUGUUGGGUUCUGGCAGGUCCACCUGUGGUCCAGCUACUAUUAGUUCUGACUUGGGCAUGUAUGUGGUAUCCCCAAUGAAGCUUGGAGGGAAAGUGGCCAUGAUUCCCAUUAAUGUUAGCAAGUCGCCACAGAGGAUUGCUCCUGCCCCCACAACAUCUUCAAUGAUCACUAGCCCGAAUGCGGGUACCAGUCGAGUAGCACUUGCUGCAAGCUCUACAAGCACUGCCACCACAUCUACAGCCCGACCAACAGCUCCGACAACCACAAUAGUGCCAGUGCCGGGCAAAAUGAAUGUACUUCUUAAGCCUCCGUUUCACCAAACCAGUGAUAUUAGCGGCUUCGUCAAGGCUCGGGUAGCACUUGUUGCAAGCUCUACAAGCACUGCCACCACAUCUACAGCCCGACCAACAGCUCCGACAACCACAAUAGUGCCAGUGCCGGGCAAAAUGAAUGUACUGCUUAAGCCUCCGAUCGGUCAAGCCGUGUCGAGGGCUGUUACAAUGGCUGCUGUUGUUCAGACGUCGAGCUCAAGUGGUAUAGUCACUUCAAGUGGCACCAGCAGCCUCGUGACAUCUGUGAGCAGCAGCUCGGCAGCUGUACAAGUGCCAGGCAGCAAGUUUCACUAUGUGCGCCUGGUCAGUGCUCCUGCAGCAACUACACAAGCCAGCGCAGUCCUUGGUGCAGCCAAGUCUGCCACCCUAGUGCCUGUAACCACAGCAAGACCCCUUGUGCCAGCAGUGCCUGUGACCGUCGCGUCAAGCACUGCCAGUGGAACUUUGCCGGCUGGUGUACGAUUGGCGGUGCCCAUUGCCCCAGCUAUUUCAGCCCAGCAGGGUGCGUCGACAGGUGUGGCAGUGUCGACUGCACAGCGAGUACUGAUUCCUGCAUCAGCUACAUCAGUGCGCCCUUCACUGCCAGGUGGACAACUGGGUAGCCUGUCCACAGCUGCACUCAUCUCUGCUGGGGGAACUUCCAUGCAAAAUGCUUUCGUGGUGGUGCCUGCUCAGUAUGUGGCCCAGUUUCAGCAAAGCACGCAGGCGGCGGCAACCCCGUCAUCAAGCACAUCACGGGUGGUGUUUCAAACGGGCACUGGCCUUCUGAGCAGCUCUGGAGCAUUUGUUCCUAUGGCAACCACCACUCCACCUACCACAACCAGCGUCUCAGCGGGACCUGACCACAGAGAACCACCUCCAGUAGCAGUUCCUUUCGUUAAGCCUCAAGUCAACGGGACACCAUGUGAAGACAACUCUCGGCCUCGAAAGCCGUGCAACUGUACGAAGUCCCAGUGCCUCAAAUUGUAUUGUGACUGCUUUGCCAAUGGAGAAUUCUGCCACAGCUGCAACUGCACUAACUGUUUCAAUAACCUGGAGCAUGAAGAGGAACGUCAAAGGGCUAUCGCAGCCUGUUUAGAUAGGAAUCCCAAUGCAUUUCGUCCCAAAAUUGGCAAAGGCAAAGAAGGAGACCUUGAGCGGCGUCAUACCAAAGGCUGUAACUGCAAACGAUCUGGUUGCCUGAAAAACUACUGCGAAUGCUAUGAGAUAUUGGCAUACUACGUGUUCGCAGCUAUUUUUGUCGAUUUAACGAGCAGCAGCGAGUCUGAGGAUGCUGCCUUAUCGUCGGACCUUGACUCUGAGAGCAAUGACUGGCUAAGCUACUAG